AUGGGAGCACCGUCAUGGCCCUCUUCCCUCCGAUCCUUGGCAGCAGCCGCCGUCUGCGUGCUGGCCACCGGCGCCGUGGCUGACGACAUCCUCAAGACGAGCGGGUUCAUGAACUGCGCCAGCGACGGCAUCAUCAAGGUCAGCAAGAUCGACAUUGCCUACAACAACGACAACAAGACCAUCACCUUCGACCUGGCCGGCAGCAGCAGCAAGCAGCAAAAGGUGGAGGCCUACCUCGAGGUCACGGCCUACGGCAACUCCAUCUACCAGAACUCCUUCAACCCCUGCGACGAUGCCACCUUUGUCGAGAGGCUAUGCCCCGUCCCCGCCGGCGACUUCUCCGCCUUUGGCAAGCAGGAGAUCCCUUCCUCAUUCGCCGACCUGGUCCCCUCCAUCGCCUUCCAGGUCCCCGACAUCUCGGCCCAGGCCACCAUGAAGCUCAAGGCCCUCGAUACGGAUGAGGACAUCGCCUGCGUCCAGUCCCACGUCACGAACGGCAAGACGACCGACGUCGCCGCCGUCUCGUACGUGGCCGCCGGCGUCAUGGGCGCCAGCCUCAUCGUCUCGGGCAUGUCCGCCGUCGGCUCCGCAGUCACCGGCGGCGGAGGCUCCCUGAGCGCCGGCAGCGUCGGCACCGUCAGCCCCAGCCCCGGCUUCACCGAGAUGGUCGGCUGGUUCCAGGGCAUGGCCAUGAACGGCAUGCUCUCCGUCAGCUACCCGCCCGUCUACCGCAGCUUCACGAAGAACUUUGCCUUCUCGACCGGUCUGGUCCCCUGGGACCCCGUGCUCACCGCCAUCGACAGGUUCCGCGCCUCUACCGGCGGCAACCUGACGACCGACAGCGUCGCCUUCCUCAAGAACGCCACCCUCGUCUUCCCCGACGGCUCGACCGACGACCUGGCCGACCAAAGCACGCGCCGCGUCAAGCGCGCCUUUGACCACUUCAGCUUCCUGGCCGAGCGCGCCCUCGGCUUCGAGACCGACGACUCGAGCGGCGGUGGCGGAGGCGGCAUCCAGUCCACCGUCUCGGGCCUCAAGGCCUACGCCAACCAGCUGCGCGUCCCCGGUUCCGACGUCUUCAUGACGGCCCUGCUCAUCGUCGCCAUCGUCAUCGCCGCCAUCGUCGUCUUCCUGCUGCUCUUCAAGGUCAUCCUCGAGCUGUGGGCCAUGUACGGCAACCUGCCCCAGAGCAUGUCGGGCUUCCGCCGCCACUACUGGGGCUCCAUCGCCCGCACCAUCACCACGCUGAUCCUGCUGCUCUACGGCAUCUGGGUCCUCUACUGCGUCUUCCAGUUCACCCUCGGCGACUCGUGGGCCGCCGUCACCUUGGCCGCCGUCACGCUGGCCAUCUUCACCGGAAUCCUCGCCUUCUUCUCCUGGAAGAUCUGGAGCGUGGCCCGCGCCCUCAGGAACAAGGAGGGCGACACGAGCGCCCUCUUUGAGGAGAAGAAGCUGUGGGUCAAGUACUCGCUCUUCUACGACGCCUACCGCAAGCAGUACUGGUGGCUCUUCGUCCCCGCCAUCGUCUACAUGGCCGUCAAGGGGUGCGUGCUGGCAGCCGGGGACGGCGCCGGCCGCGGCCAGACCAUUGCCCUGUUCGUCGUCGAGGCCGUCAUGCUUGGGCUCCUCCUCUGGAGCAGGCCCUACGAGCGCCGCUCCGGGAACGUCGUCAACAUCACCAUCCAGGUCGUCCGCUUCCUCUCCGUCGCCUGCAUCCUCGUCUUCGUCGAGGAGUUUGGCGUCCAGCAGACGACCAAGACCAUCACCGGCGUCGUCCUCAUUGCCGUGCAGUCCACCCUCACCGUCAUCCUCGUCAUCCUCAUCGCCUGGCACGCAUUGGAGGCUUGCUUCAGCAAGAAUCCCCACCGUCAGCGCAGAAAGGAAAUGGAGAAGCGGAGGUUUGCCGACGCCGACGACCUGACGCCCCUCGACGCUCGCAACUCACUCCUGCUAGAGCGCUUCCCCACCAACAAGAGCAAGAUGUCGAACGACAGCGAGAGCAUAAGCUCCCUCAACAAGGCGCCCGUGCGUCCCGCUUCGCGCGAGUACUACAUGGCCGCGCAGGAGCCGUACGACUACCGCCGCACCAACACCCCAACACCCGUAGCGCCUUCGGGAGGUCCACUUUUCCGUACCAUGACGCCGACGACGGAUAACGACCUGCGGCCCGGCGUCGGUCCGGGAGUGCAGCAGCAGCAGCAGCAGCAAUAUCGAGGUGUAGGAUAUUCAGGAUAUUGA